UUGGCUCAAGCCGAGUGGUGAGCGGUGCCGGCGCAACAUGGCGGAGGCGCCGCCGCCGCCACCCCCGCCGGGCCCGCAGAUCGAGGUGACCUCGGUGGAUUUGAAUCCUGCGGAGGAGUGCGCCUUUGAGGAUGGCUUGGGCCUAGCCAUUGGCUUCAGCUCGGCCAAGAGCCCAGUUUCAGCGCUUUCGGCUUGACGGCGCUUUCGGCUUGACGGCGCUCAGUUGCCUCGAACAUCGUGCAGUUUCGCCGCUCAGCCGGCCAACGUUUCUUGUCUCACCCGUUUGGCUCAGCAAGGGACCCAAUCCUCCCAACUUCAGGAUGCAACUAAGACAUUCGCCCAGCCGUUUGCAGCAAGAGGAGCGGUCGCAGGGUUUGGGCUGAGGACUCGGACCUGCAGGGCUUCCGAUGGUGUGUCAGGAUGGGAAGGAGGGACAUCUGGGAGCGGGGAGUUCGCCAGACUACGUCGUGGACACUGCCAAGCGACGGUACAUCGUCCAGGUGGGAGCCACUCAGCCGGAGGACUACGUGCAGGGCCACAACGCCAUGACCUUUCUGGCGGAGGGUCUCAGCAUCGAGGAGGUGCCCAAGGCGCUGUGGCAGCAGACCAACGGCCUGUUGGUGGCAACGCUGACGGGCCCGACGGGCGAGGAGGCCAUGGCGGUGAAUAUGGUGGUGCAGAUUAGGGUGGAUGAGAGCGGCGAGCUGCGCCGCUACAUUUUCAACCCGAUGGAAUGAAGGGGCUUCCUGCAAGCUGCACGCCAAGAUGC